UUAGUGCUUCAAACACUGGAGCUUAUAGAGUCGGCGAGGCGAGGCACCGAAGCCUUGUUAUCGCCCGCCGCCCAGACGCUUUGCCAUCCCUUCGGAAUCAUUCAUGGACGUCCUUCAGGCUCGGCCACUCAACCCAACCUUCAACUCGUCACUCGGUCAUCCUAGUCACCAAAGUCACCCAACAUGGCAAACCGUCUCAUCCUGGUCACUGGCGGGGCUGGCUACGUCGGCUCACACACCACCUUGGAACUCCUGUCAGCGGGGUUCGACGUGGUGGUGGUGGACAACUGCGUGAACUGCGUGGCGGGUUCGGACGGCGCGCCACCCCCCGCCCUCGCUCGGGUUCAAAAGCUCUCCCAGAAGAACGUCACUGCGAUGUACUCCGUCUCCCUCAACGAUGCCGACGCUCUUGCUGGCGUGUUCAAGAAGCACCGCGUGGACGCCGUGGUGCACUUCGCGGCGCUCAAGGCCGUCGGCGAGUCUGUGGAGAAGCCGCUCGAGUACUACAACAACAACGUCGCGGGGACACUCACGCUGCUGCAGGUGAUGCGUGAGGCAGGUGUGAAGCGGCUGGUCUACUCCUCCUCAGCCACAGUGUAUGGAGCGCCCCAGUACCUGCCGGCCGACGAGAACCAUCCCACAGGUGUCGGCCUCACCAACCCUUACGGCAAGACCAAGUACUUCUGCGAGACCAUUAUGGAGGACCUGGCCGCCUCUGACCCUGAGUGGCAGCUGGUGCUGCUGCGGUACUUCAACCCCGUUGGUGCGCACCCUUCAGGGCUCAUUGGGGAGGACCCGCUGGGGCGCCCCAACAACCUCAUGCCCUUCGUGGCCCAGGUGGCUGUUGGAAAGCGGGAGGAACUGAGCGUCUUCGGUGAUGAUUAUGACACCCUUGACGGGACAGGUGUGCGGGACUACGUGCAUGUGGUGGACUUGGCUGAGGGUCACGUGGUAGCUCUGGACCGCCUGUUUGAUGAGGAGUUCUCAGGCGCCACUGCUUACAACCUCGGGACCGGCCGUGGUGUGUCUGUGCUGGAGAUCAUCGAAGCGUUCAGGAAGGCCAGUGGGAAGCCAGUGCCAUACCGCGUGGUGGGCCGCCGGGCUGGGGACGUGGCCAGUGUGGUGGCAUCCUGCAGCAAGGCCGAGAAGGAGCUGGGCUGGCGGGCGAAGAGGGACCUGCAGCAGAUGUGUGAGGAUGCGUGGCGGUGGCAGAGUCAGAAUCCAAAUGGCUUCAGGACCUCCCCUUGAAGCCAACGCCCGGCUGCUGCAUCUCCUUCUUUUCAUACUCUGUUAUCCUCCCAGUCCUUUACUUCUACACUUCUCCAUUCCAUUCCCUGUUAAAAUUAGACCUGUCCUCCCCGGCUUGUCUUUCUCCUGUACAUAUCCUGCGUGCCAUAAAUUUAUCCUGUGUUACUUCCUCUUCCAUGACCACAUAUUUCUUAACUGUCCUCUUUCUCCUCCUCCCACUCCUUUAUCACCUCCUUUUUUUGUCCUAGAUCUACUUACAAUGGAGUUAUUAUUUUCACUUGCAGACUAAGGACAUUUUCCCUGAUUAUUAUUAUUAUUAUUGUUAUUAUUAUUAUUACAAUUGUUAUUAAGGUGACCUAUUAAAAGUUCCUAUACAGUUCCUUAUGUUAUGUUAUGUUCUUGCUGAAAUGUACAUAAUGGCAAGUCACUCUACAGGCAGCAAGACCCUACUUCAGAACUCACAAAUAAAUGUGUUUUCCAUG